CAAAAACCAAAUGGGAUUUGAGUGGCACUAACAAAUAUUACAGAUCAAUAGUUCACAAUACAUGCCUAUACACAUUGUACUUAUGCAUUGCAUGCUGUGGCAACCGAAAGUGAGAAAUAUCCCCCAAUUUCAAAAUUUCAAAUUUUAAUUUCAACGGAUUAGUGUAAAACUAGUGAAGAAUGGUUUAUAAGCAAACUGCCGUCAAUUUGACCAAACUCUUCUUAACUUAGGACUAAUCUUAGGACUUAAGGACGAGUCCCAGUCUGGCACUGUAACAUGUAAACCUUCAGAAUAAUCCUAAGUUAGGACUACUCGUCCUAACGUGAGACAGGAUUUAUCAUAGCAUUUUGUGAAAUCGGCUGCUGGUCAUGCAGACUAUAGUGACUGAAAAAGUUAUAAGGAAAACCUUGGCCUUAUUUUGGCCUUAUUCAAGCUAGCAUCACUUACUAUCUUCCCACAGUGGGACAUCACUUCUACUCUCUGUGAAAUAUUAACCUUAAUAUAAAGGGUCAUGUCACACAAGGUAAUUUUACAGGCAACCAGUUCCAGUUCGGCAACUCACUCCAUUUUGAAGUUCACAUUACAUAUCAUUGUUGUGGAUGUGCUACAUAAAGGGGUCAUAGCAUGCACAGCAGUUGGUUGCCUACAAGGUGCUUGUAAAAGCUGCCUUAUGUGACUAGGUCCAUAGAACUUAUGGUUGCCAUAAAAGAUAAAGAAACAUCAUAUCAGAGUUUACAACUUUACGUUCAAGAAAGUUUGUCAAGUCAGAAAAACAUUUUUUCAAAAAGUUCUAAAAUCAGUAACAAAUCUUGACAAAUCAAAAUACUAUGACUGCUAGAGAGCGAAACAAAGUGGGACAAUAAAAACGCCAUAUAAAGGCUCCACAAAAGAAAAAACCCCAACAUAAAAAUGUAAAACCAAAGCUCUCACAGUGAGCCAUAAUUUGACCCAUGACCUUAGGAGCGACGAAACUCUCUCACAAUUGGCAUAAAGUAUAAUCUGAGAAAAGACCCCAGGGGUGUUUCGUUUCUAUUGGUUCGCCCUGCAUUUUCAGAGCAGGAAAUAGGAUGACUGAAAAUAACAAGUGCGACGGUGGUCUAAACAGGCUGGUGACUGCAGACUGUUCGACUUGGUUUGCUUCGAAUUACAAGAGCAUCACUUCACACAACUUUGACGUUCUUUCUGACGAAAUUUAAUAAUCGGUGGUUUGAUUGGAAUUGGAUUGUCAGACUGUGCGACUCUGUAAAUUUGCUUCGGAUUACAGGGUAUAACUUCACACAACUUAGGGAUAUUUUCUGACGCAUCUUACAACUCUGAGGUCCAAUCUGACGGUUUAUCAGAACACUGUGGAAGAAAUCCUUCGGAAAAAAACUUUCUCGUUUGUAACUCGAGAGGUGUCCGUUUGGAUUUACGACAAUGGCUUCCAACUUUUCUCUGUACUUGCUGAUGGUGUUACUCAGUGCAACAUGUUGUCAUUCUAUAGAUCCUAUCAUUAAGUUGACAGUCAAUACUUCUGACGCCAUGGGUCUCGUUGGGGCGUUUGAGGGAGACAGCCUCAAGAUGACUUGUGAAGUAGAAAACCUAGAUGGUAGAGUAGUUGGUUGGAUGUUCAUCAGAGAAAGAAUAAGAGAAAGUACAGACCCAGAAAAGUAUGAAGUGACAACUAAUGGAUCAUUGUCCACGUUGACAAUUUUAAAUUUGAUGCAUGUACAAGAUAAAGGACGUUACAGCUGUGGAGUGUAUCAGAAUGAUGAACUUUCAGAUCCUGAAUCACGGGAAACUCUUGAAAUACUUGUCUACUACUUCCCAGAUGACAUGUAUCCAAUAUGUAAUGGGUCAGUGGUCAUUACAGAGGGAGAACCAGUCACCUUUCGAUGUGAAAGUGAGCCUGGAGAGCGGCCAGUUGACUUGACAUGGAAACGGGAUUCUGGGACAGUUCAGGAACCAAUCAGAACUGGUGAUCAAAACGGUAUGAGUAUUGCGGAAUACACAUUCCUGCCGAGUAAAAAUGACAAUGGGAUGACUGCUUACUGUAUCAUAUCAAGUAAUGCAAUCUUUAGAGGAAAAACAUCUAAUUGUUCGGUUGGACCUUUGAGUGUCCAGUACCCUCCUACUAGCAUCUCUUUAACCAAUCAAAAUGUCUCGUACAGCAACUCCACAUAUGACGCCAUUUUGUGUAGUGCCUCAGCUUUUCCAACUGACAUUUCUUAUACCUGGAGCUUUAACACAUUUCUGGAUUCAUCUCAACAAACAUUGAUCAAUGGCAACCAGACCUUGGUCAUUCUCAAUGUGACUUUGUGUGAGUUUCCAAUCAUAGCGACCUGCCACGCCUCUAACGACAUCGGAAACUCUGCUGCUAACUACACACUUUGUGAGCCUCCUCCACCACCAAACCCCGUUUGCUACCCGAACAAUCAAGUCGUCCUCACAGAGGGAGUUCCUCAAAUGUUUCAAUGUGUAAGCUAUUCUGAAGAUGCCAACGCAACAGACGUAGUCUGGAGCCGUGAUGAAGGACUGAUCAGCGCAGACGACAUAACAACUGGUGACUUACCCAAUAAUUACAAAUAUUCAAACUACACAUUUGUGCCGAUGAGGGAUGACUUUGGGAUCAAUGUAACCUGUUCCCUACCGGGCGGAACAAUCUUCCUAAACUAUUGCGUAAUCGGACCACUUUUAAUCCAGCACAUUCCGAGUGACGCUACUAUUACCAAUGGAACAUUCUCAUAUGAAAAUAUGACUUACGAGGCUUUCUCUUGCGAGUCGUCCGCUUAUCCUUCCGAUAUUUCAUACAGCUGGAACUUCAACACCCCUCUAAGUGCAUCUCAACACUUGUUGACCAACGACAACCAAACUUUGGUGAUUUUAAACAUCACCACUUGUGAGGUUCUAAUCAUUGCUACCUGCUUAGCAACCAACGACAUCGGAGAAUAUUCUGUAAAUGUUACACUUUGUGAGCCCCCACCACUACCAAACCCUGUUUGUUACCCAAACAAUCAAGUUGUCCUCACAGAGGGAGUUCCUCAAAUGUUUCAAUGUGUAAGCUACUCUGAUGACACCAGCGCAACAGAUGUAGUCUGGAGCCGUGAUGAAGGACUGAUCAGCGCAGACAACAUAACAACUGGUGACUUACCCAAUAAUUACAAAUAUUCAAACUACACAUUUGUGCCAAUGAGGGAUGACUUUGGGAUCCAUGUAAACUGUUCCCUACCGGGCGGAAAAAUCUUCCCGAACUAUUGCAUAAUCGGACCACUUUUAAUCCAGCACAUUCCGAGUGACGCUACUAUUACCAAUGGAACAUUCUCAUAUGAAAAUAUGACUUACGAGGCUUUCUCUUGCGAGUCGUCCGCUUUUCCUUUCGAUAUUUCAUACAGCUGGAACUUCAACACCCCUCUAAGUGCAUCUCAACACUUGUUGACCAACGACAACCAAACUUUGGUGAUUUUAAACAUCACCACUUGUGAGGUUCUAAUCAUUGCUACCUGCUUAGCAACCAACGACAUCGGAGAAUAUUCUGUAAACGUUACACUUUGCGAGCCCCCACCACCACCCCCAUCUACCACCCAGCUGAUUAUGACGACCGGAACCUCGAAACCGAUAACGUCAAUUGGACCAGCCUCUACAGGGCUCCCAAUCACAAUCACGGAUCAAGCUACGACAACUCCUAAACCUCUAACGACAACUUUUGAACCUCCAACAACUCUUCAACCUCUUCCCCUGACGCUUGCCUUCUACAUUGUCAUUAUCGGUGUGGCCGUUUUGGCUUUGAUUGCCCUACUUGGCAUCUGCUAUAUUGCACUAACUCCAUCCAAUAAAGAUUUGGGGAAAAUGGACAUGAAAGAAACAGACCAAGAAAUGUACAGCUUAAACGAGACUCAAGAAUUUUUCUAGAUGCAAACCCAAGAAGAUCCA